AUGGAGGCGCUGGUUCUCUACCUCCCUCCGGCCCUCCUCCCCCUCGUCGAGCAAACCGUGCAGCAGCUCCAGAAUCAAUGCCACACCUUCAGACUCGCCGUUCUGUCGCUCGCUGCCGUGCUUCUAGGCUACCUCUUCAUUGCUGGUAGUAAAGAAGCUCCUGUCACAUUCAACGUACCGCAUCCGCCCGAGAUUGAAGACAAUUGGACUGGUACAAAAUGGGAGGAUUUGCCUAAGGGUAGUCAGGAGCGGAGGGUAAUUGAGGGACAGAUCUCGGGGCAAUGGAACGAGAGCCUGAUCAUGAGCUACUGCCCCGCGGAUGGACGUGUACUCGGUACUGGAAUUAAGCCUGCGACUCCGGAUGGUAUUGAUCGGGCCGUGCAAGCGGCACAGAAAGCCCAGGAACAAUGGGCCCAUACCAGUUUCGCUGAGAGGCGGAAAGUUCUCAAGGCUCUGCUAAAAUAUGUUCUAGACCACCAAGACGAGAUCGUUACCGCCUGCUGCUUGGACUCGGGAAAGACGAAAGUCGACGCAUCUUUUGGAGAAUCGCUCGUGACGGCGGAGAAGCUGAAAUGGACAAUCGAUCACGGCGAGAAGGCGCUGGCUCCCGAGUCGCGACCUACGAAUUUCCUCAUGAUGUACAAGAAGAACAAGGUCACCUACGAGCCUCUUGGUGUCGUGUCGGCAUGUGUAUCCUGGAACUACCCCUUCCACAACUUCAUCUCUCCUGUGAUCAGCGCGAUCUUUGCGGGUAACGGAAUUGUGGUCAAGCCAUCCGAGCAGACCGCGUGGAGUUCCGCCUAUUUCCUGGACAUCAUCAGGGGUGCUCUCGAGAGCUGCGGUCACUCUCGCGACCUUGUCCAGAGCGUUGUCUGCCUUCCCAAAGUUGCCGACGUGUUGACGUCCCACCCUGAUAUCGCUCAGAUUACAUUCAUCGGCUCGAGACCCGUGGCUCACAAGGUCUGUGAAUCCGCCGCAAAAGCCCUAACUCCAGUCACAGUCGAGUUGGGUGGAAAAGACCCAGCCGUCAUCCUCGACGACAGCCGAACAGUCAGCGAAGUCUCAUCCAUCGCCUCGGUCCUCAUGCGCGGCGUAUUCCAGUCAGCAGGACAAAACUGCAUCGGUGUCGAGCGUGUCAUCGCGCUCCCCGGUGUCUACGACAAGCUCCUCGAAACCGUCUCCUCCCGUAUCAAGACCCUCCGCCUAGGCUCCGUCCUCCUAGACACAAACCCAACAAACGAGAAACCAGGCGCCCCAGACGUCGGCGCCAUGAUCUCGCCAGCCUCCUUCUCCCGCCUCGAAUCCCUCAUCGCCGAUGCAGUAUCCCAAGGCGCCCGCCUCAUUGCCGGCGGAAAACGCUACACCCACCCAACCCACCGCCUUGGCCACUACUUCACCCCGACCCUCCUCGCAGACGUAACGCCCUCUAUGGAAAUCGCACAAACCGAACUCUUCGGCCCGGUCUUCCUUCUAAUGCGCGCUUCCUCCGUCCCCGACGCAAUCUCCAUCGCAAACUCCACCGAAUACGCCCUCGGCGCCUCUGUCUUUGGCUACAACACCCCCGACGUCACCGCCUGCGUGAAAACAAUCAAAGCAGGCAUGGUAUCCGUCAACGAUUUCGGCUCGUAUUAUGCCGUCCAGCUCCCCUUCGGCGGCGUCAAGGGAUCCGGGUACGGCCGGUUCGCUGGCGAAGAAGGUCUGCGUGGCGUGAGUAAUAUCAAGGCUGUUUGCGUGGAUCGGUUCCCGAGACUUAUGGCGACGAGAAUCCCUCCGAGGGUGGAUUAUCCGAUUUAUAAAGGGGAGAAGGAGAAGGAGAAUGGGCAGGGUGCUUGGGAGCUUUGUAAGGGGGUUGUCGAGACGGGGUAUCAGAUUACACUUGCGGGGAGGGUUAGAGGUAUUGCGCGGUUGUUGGGAAAUAUGUAG